CAGCCCAAAAAAACAAACACAAAGAUAGUUUCUGGUAGCUCGAAUGUAUCAACGGCUGUCAAUAAGAACAUUGACAAUGAUUUAGGGAUGUCAAAACUGGCAAAUACCAAACCUCAAAUAAAAAUAAAUAAACAAACUGUUAAUUCAGCAAUUUUACAUGCUCAGCAGAAAUCUUUAAUGCAGGAUAUUGUAACUCUUCCUGUUCCCACGGAUAUCAACAAAUCUAAGGGAAAUAAUGAUGAUUGGUUAACAGUUAAACCCAAAAACAAACGUAACAAUCGUAAAUUUGUUGUGGGUACAAAUGAGCAGUUGUCUAAUAUACAGGCAGUACCCAAAUUUAUAUCUUUACAUGUAUCUCGACUGCAGCCUGGUGCAAAGCCUGAGGACAUGAAGAGUCUAUUAUUGGAUAAAUUUCCAGAAGUUAUCUGCGAAAAACUGCAAUCUAAGCAUCCCCAAAUAUAUUCUUCUAUGAAGGUGUCUAUUCAAAAGAAAGCUAAUGAAAGAAGCACAGAGAAAACUUUUUUAGAGAGAGCAAGCAGUUCUAUCAAUCCAGAGCAGAAAAAGGACUAACAUCGGCUGACUCCUCUGAUGCAGUUUCUCAGUUAUGCAUCACACACCUGAACAUCCAAUGUUUGUCAACAGCAUUUCAAGGUCUGGAACAGUUUAUUCAGGAUAAUGAGUGUCAUUUUCUGGCCAUAAGUGAGCAUUGGCUAAAUCAGGACCAGUUGA